CCCAAAGCCAUCUGGUAAUGGCGCCAUGUUCCCGCGUAAAUACAUUACAUAAUUGAGGGCAAGUAUGUAAUUUAGUAGAACGGUUCAUCCCCUUCCUAGUCUCAUUCCUCUUCCUCCGUCUGGUUUUCGAGAGGGAAAACAAAAAAUUAAGAAAGCCAGAUCUACUAAAAUCCCCAAAUUCAGUUUCAAAUUUUGAACCCCGAGAAAACCCUUGCUUUUCAAUUGGCUUGCUGCACCUUCAAAUCGUCCUCGAGAUCGGAAUCUCUUGAAUUGGGCACCUUGUACAUUGCACACGAUGGGCGAUUUCAACCUCGCUCUCGUGAUUGUCGCGAUCGUUGUUUGCGUCAUCGUCUUCAUCUCCAGCAUCUAUCUCCUCGUCAACUACCAGCAUCCAGAUGAUGCCAACCAGGCGUAUUUCCCCAAGUUCGUCGUUGUUUUCGGCCUGUCUGUCGCCAUGAUCUCGAUCCUCAUGUUACCGGCGGAUGUGGCCAAUCGGCACGCUUGUCGGCAUGCUAUUUACAACGGCGCCUGCAGUCUCACCUUGCCCAUGAAGGAUCUCUGGCUUGCCAUUUACAUCGUCGACGCUAUUCUCGUGUUCUUUGUCAUCCCCUUCGCAAUGUUUUUCUAUGAAGGCGACCAAGACAAGAGUCUGGGAAAGAGGAUCAAAAGUGCCUUAAUUUGGGUGGUAACCACGGCUGUGGUUUGUGCUCUGGUGCUUGGAAUCUUAUACGGUGUCAUUGGAAAAGUGGACUUCUCUGUCAGGCACUUGGCUUCUGCCACGACCUCUUUCCCUACUUCCUGGCAAUUUUCAAAUAAUCAACCAUGUAUUGGUAACACUGCUCGCCAGUGCUCGGCAUUUACAGCUAAUGUCACAUCUGAGAAGACAUGGACUAUGCGUACUACAUUUCCAGAAUACGUUGUUGCACUUGCUACAAUUGUUGGGUCAGUUCUUUUCACGAUAUUUGGUGGUGUAGGUAUUGCCUGCCUACCAUUAGGACUUAUCACCGCAUUCAUCAGGCGGCCAAAGGCUGUUAUCACUCGGUCACAAUAUAUAAAGGAAGCAACCGAACUAGGUAAAAAGGCAAGAGAACUAAAGAAAGCAGCUGAUGGACUUCAUCAGGAAGAAAGAAGUGGUGCUAAGGGAAGGAAAUGGAGGAAAAAUGUGAAAGCAGUUGAAAAGGAGCUGCUCCAAUUGGAGGAAGAUGUGACGCUCUUAGAAGAGAUGUAUCCUCAAGGAGAGAAGGCAGAAACUGCGUGGGCUUUCACUGUACUCGGAUACUUGGCCAAGUUUAUUCUUGGAAUCUUAGGAUUGAUCGUCUCCAUUGCUUGGGUUGCACACAUCAUCAUAUAUCUGCUUGUCGACCCUCCUCUCUCCCCUUUUCUCAACGAAGUUUUUAUCAAGCUUGAUGACGUUUGGGGUCUUCUAGGCACUGCUGCCUUUGCUUUCUUCUGUUUCUACCUUCUACUUGCUGUGAUCGCUGGGGCAAUGAUGCUGGGUUUAAAGCUGGUCUUCAUUACCAUACAUCCGAUGAAAUGGGGAGCUACUCUAAUGAACUCUUUCCUCUUCAAUGUCGGGCUCAUUCUUCUUUGCUCCAUCAGUGUGAUUCAAUUCUGUGCCACUGCAUUUGGAUAUUACGCUCAAGCCACUGCUGCCCAGGAGAUAUUUGGCCACACAUUGCAGUCCCUUCGGGGAAUCAAGUAUCUCUACAAGUACAACGUGUUCCAAAUCGGGUUUGUUAUCCUGGCUGGACUUACCUUUCUAUACUACAUUGCCUUCGGAUGGAGAAGAAAAAAACCAAGCGGCCGUUUCCAGCUCUCAUCUUAAAUGUGUAAACAGUUUUCUUUGUUUCAUGAUAUUACCUUCACCGAAUCUGAUUGAGUGCUGUCGACAAAGUGUCCACUUAUUUUCGGAUCAUCCAUACCGGAACUACCUGGAGACUCUGCUUCUGCUUCUGAGGUUUUUUUUUUUUUUUUUGUGGUUUUCCCUGAAUGUAUUAUUAAUUUUUCUUGUGUAAUCUUACUGUUUGGUUGUGCAACAGUUAGCUGUCCUGUCUUGGUCUAUUGUACUGUUUCGGAUGCGAGUUUAUGUAAUCAUUUUUUUUUAAUGAGAAGCCUUCAUUUCACAAGACGUUGCCUUCAGGCUCUGCCAUUGACGUCCUUGUGGUUUGAGAUUAACA